AUGGUAGUGGCAGUGCCCCUUCUGAACGUUAGAGAAAGCCAUGGUCUGCAUCUGAGGCUUCGGCCUCUGCCGCUGGACACCUAUCUGUCCCUGAGCAAACAGGACCAGGCCACGACCUCCGGCUGUUUUUACACGCAGCCAGGAUCCAGACAGGGCCGCACUCUGCACCAGCGGAAUGCACCCAGCACCGUGACCGGGCCGUGGCCGUGA